UAAAGAACGGAAGAAAAUUGUGUUACUGUUUGCUCCCGAUGUUUGCACCAUGUCGAGGCGCAAGCAAGCUAAGCCACAGCAAAUUAAUUCCGAUGAGCCCGGUUCGUCAGAAAAUGGGGUUCUACAAGACGGUCAAACUGAAGAGGUUGGGAAUGAGGCAAAAAGGUUUCGAAUGGACACGACGAAGGUCUGCACCAAAUGCUGUGCUGAAUUCUUCGACGAGGCUGAAUUUCUCGAACAUCAGAAUAAUUGCACUAAAAGUCAUGAGGCAGUCAUCAUGAAAGAUGGAGCGAGGAGAGAAGUACCAGAAGAGUUCUCACAAGGAGACUCCCCUGGUGACUUCAAGAAUGACCAGAAUGACUGCCAGCCCAGCAGUAAUUCUCUGUCAAAGUCCAAUGCAGAGUCUAUGGAAAGGAUGGAGGAUGAGGAAGGACCUAAAUUAAAUGGUGAGGAACAACCAUCCAAACAAGACCAGGUAGAGAUGUCUGACAGUCCCAGGCCUGAGAUGAGUCACCAUCAGCACCAGGCCUCAUCCAAACUCCAAGAUUCAAAUGUCACCUUGGAGUCCAUGCCUGGCACCAAAGUGGCCGUCACUCAGCAUUCAUCGAACAGUGGUUUGAACAACCGCAAGUCUCCACAGGCCUCCCAGGAGGCCUUGCAGGCCAUCCCCAUGAUCCUGGAACAGCUGGUGGCCCUCCAGCAGCAGCAGAUCCAACAGAUCCAACUGACUGAGCAGAUCCGUAUCCAGGUGGCCAUGAUGGCUCCACAGAGCUUCCACUCGGCCAAAGGGACAGCAGUUGACCCCCUUAAAGCCCUAGGAGCUCACCUCUCCCAGCAGCUCUCUGCUGCAGCAGCCCUGAUCAGUAAGAGGACCGGCCGCCAGAGUCUCUCGCUAGAGUCCCUCAAACAGGGCAAACUACCACAGUCCAACGGCAUCCCCACCUCACUGGCUGGAGGCAUGGGGCCGAUGCCCUUCAAAGCAGAUAUGUUGAAGGGGCUCCCAGACCUGGCCAACCGCCUACCAGCGUUACUGCCUCAAUCACCAGGCUCCAUGGCUUUCCAAAGUCCCUUCACUGGCCUCUCAUCAGGGUUGGAUCCCUCUAAGAAAGUAAAGAGCAAGAUCCCAAACAUGCCUGAGUCUAAAAACGGGUCUGGUGGCGACAGCAUGUACAAACACAAGUGUAAGUACUGUGGGAAAACCUUUGGGAACGACAGCGGGCUCCAGAUCCAUUUGCGCUCGCACACCGGAGAAAGACCGUUUAAAUGUAACAUCUGCGGAAACCGCUUCACAACCAAAGGAAACCUUAAAGUGCAUUUCCAGAGACACAAGGAGAAGUACCCUCAUAUCAGGAUGAACCCACACCCUGUGCCAGAACACCUUGACAACAUUCCCACCAGCAGCGGUAUCCCGUACGGCAUGUCAAUGCCCAUUGAAGAGUCCAACAUGGUGGAAAUGAAGCCAAUGCUUGGCAUCCCAUCUCCAGGUUUCCACCCAUCAGCACUGCAGGGGUUCAAGCCUUCGUUUGAUGGUUUCAGGAGCGACCCGUUCUCCCAAAGACCGUCAUCAUCAGGAAGUGAUGGAGCAUCAAUUUCCUCAAACAUGUUCAAUCACGAAAUGGGCUCUGAUCAGAACCACCAGGUAUCUAAAGAGCUAAUGGGAGCACUGCAUCACAUGAACGGCAAAGACCUUCCCGGCGAACCCGACGGCUCUGAAACUGCCAAAUUACAGCAGAUGGUGGAUGGGCUGGAAAAGAGGACCAAUGACCCAAACGAGUGCUACAUCUGCCACCGGGUGCUCAGCUGCCAGAGCUCCCUGAAGAUGCAUUACCGUACACACACGGGUGAGCGGCCCUACAAGUGUAAGAUAUGCGGCCGUGCCUUCUCCACCAAGGGCAACCUCAAAGCUCAUUACAGUGUCCAUCGGGCCAACACGCCCCUCAAGAUGCAGCACUCCUGCCCCAUCUGCCAGAAGAAGUUCACCAAUGCUGUGGUUCUCCAGCAGCACAUCCGCAUGCACAUGGGAGGCCAGAUCCCCAACACCCCCAUGCCAGAGACCCAGUUCGAGGCCUCUGAAGAAAUGGACUCUUCUCUGCCCGACGAGAAGUCCAUGGACAUCAACGACUUUGAUGAGAGCAUGGAAGACCAAUACACAGAUCUUGACUCUCAGGAGAAGCCAAGUGACACCUCAGAUUUUCUCCCACCAGCUGCGUCUGAGGAACCACGCCAGCCUCAUCAUGCUCCUCCAUCCUCCGUGUUCUCCAGCAUAGCUGCUCUGGAGAACCACAUGAAGAACCUCACCUCAGCUCUCAACCUGCAGCGCCAAAGCAGCACCGCUUCAGAGAGUGACGGCGUGCCCCCCAAAGAGGCCCCCUCAGCCUCUGAGAGCCUCCGGGAGCAAGAGUACCAGAGCGGCCGCAGCCCCGCCAUCUCCGACUCUGUCUCUUUCCACUCCUCAUCCCCAGUCUACAGCCAUGUGGGCAGCAGCAAGUCAAAGUCCCCAGAGUUAGCCUUCCCUGAGGAUUACACCCGGAACAGGCCUAAACCAGACUCUGAUGGUGGCUCUCAGGAUGCCAGUGAGUCCAAUGGCGCUCUGGACCUGACGGCACCCAGCUUCACCCCAAAAACCAUAAAAGAAGAGCCUGGCCUGUACUUCACUAAUGGAGAGUAUGCUCCCAGCCAUUUGCCUCCUUUCAUGAGGGUGCCCUCCAGUCUGGUCCAACUGGAGAUGCAGAUUCCGCCAGAGAGCUCAAUGGGCAUGAGCUCUCUAUUUGUCUCUCAGAUGCCCCAGGGAGCGGGAGGGCAGCCACGGGACAGCUCUAGUGCUCCCCGUAGAUCCAGCAAGCAGCACCUGUGUAACUCCUGUGGCAAAAACUUCUCCUCUGCCAGCGCCCUGCAGAUCCAUGAGAGGACCCACACUGGAGAGAAGCCCUUCGGCUGCACCGUCUGUGGCAGGGCCUUCACCACUAGAGGCAACCUCAAGGUGCACGUUACAACUCACAUGUGGAACAGCUCUGCGAGGCGCGGCCAGCGCCUCUCUCUGGACAACCCCAUGGCCCUGAUAGCCAUGAGCUCAGAGUCUGGCAACAUGAUGCCAGAGAUGAUGCCACCUCCCAAGGAACAGGGUCCUCCUCAGCCAAUGAACUUCGACCAGUCUCUGUGGAACCAGUAUGCCGCUGCUUUCACCAACGGCCUGUCCAUGAAGACUAACGAGAUCUCUGUGAUCCAAAAUGGUGGUAUGCCUGGUAGCCUGGCCGGUGGUCCUCUGGUCCGCUCGACUGGAGGCCUGAUGAAAAUGGAUGGGUCCCACUCUGGUCUGCCUGCCACCAUGGCAGAGAUGGAGAAGAAUGGCUCAGAGAGCGUGGCCAAAUCUCAGUUCCUACAUUUCAUGGAGGAAGGGAAAAUUGCAGUGAACUAGUUUUGAAAUGGAAGAACAAGGCAGUUUUAUCUGUUUUGCUUAGUUUUUUUCAUCGAUUGUGUACAGAUUUUGAAUGUUCAUAGUAGCAAUGUUGGCUAACAUUUGCCACUUGGUCCUCGACAGGUACAAUCAACACGUGCUAUUCCAACACUUUUAGGAGAUCGUCCUUAACCCUUGCUGAACAUAUUGCUGGUUUUUGCAAAGCCUAUUUGGAACUCUCAGUAACUUAAAUGAUGCAGCUCUUCCCUACCCUUUCAUUUGAACAAUUCAUCCCUUAAAAGUGUUACAUUUAGUUGAACUAGAUAUAACUACUGGAGUUGUAUUUACUGUUUUGUUAUUUUUUUCUCAAUAUAUGCGGGUAUAUCUGUGAGUGACUCCUUUUAGUCUUGUAUCCAGAAGUUGAAUGUAUGGCUUACCUGAAACCGCUUUGAUUCAGAAUGUCUGAUGGAAGAACCUGUACUUUGAAUGAUUUUGUCUAGCAUUUGAAAAUAUUCAGUGUAUGACUGAUUGUGGACACCAUUGUUUUAGUGCCAAUAAACAAGUGGUUAUCCUGAUUCCUCUGUACAGUACAUAACUGCUUGGCUCUACUCCUAUUGUGUGCUAUACAUUUGAUGUUUAUAUAAUGACCAACAGUCUCUCACGAUAUUUCAGAGGGAAGCGUUUUAUUUCAAGUUUGGAGAUGCUCUGAGGUGGUCUACUGAGAGAGUUAUCUGUCAGGUGUCAUGUACUUUUGUUUGAUCCAGACAGGCCUACAGAUGUGCUCAGUUGUCCAUUUUGGAUAUUGAUAAUUUUUCCAGAUAUGUUACACAUGUUGAGACAAAGUAGUUUAUUUUGCCUUUCUCUCUAAAACCGAAAAACCUCGUGCCUAGCUAGAAUAUGGAUUGUUGCUAUAUUGUCUUUUUUAUUUUUAAAGCACCACAAGAUUGUAAUGGUUAUUUUUGUCUGUUUUGACUGAUACUAUUUUUCUAUAGUGCAUUGUUUCUGGAAGUGUUUUUUUUAUUUGUUUUAUUUUUUAAACUCACAUUUACGUUAUUGUUUUGUUCUUUUUGCUCCCAUUAACCUUUUUCUCGACCAGCAGAGCUUCUGCGUCUUUUGGUGGGUUGUUUUCUGAAAGCUAUAGUUGUGUUCUAAAUGGCACCCUAUUCCAUAGUGCACUACUUUUGACCAGAGCCCCAUGGGCCCUGGCCAAAGGUAGUUCACCAUAUAGGGAAUAUGAUGCCAUUUGGGACUCACCCAUAUAAUGCUGAAUUCUCUCAAUCAUGCCUGCACUUUAUAUUUCUUCAAAUUUUUGGUAAGCUUAUAAUUUUGACGGCAACAUUUCAAAACCAUCCAUCUUGACUUUGUUUACCUUGGUGGUCAUAUUAGAGAGGGUACAUCAGUGAUUUGUUGCCUUUUAUUUUCUUACUUUGUUUGAGGACUUGGAAAUGUUGACUUCCAAAUUUUACUCAACAUUUCACUCAAUUCCCAACUCUGUUAAGUGACAUAUUUCAAUACUUCUCUCCAUUGACUGAUACAAGUGCGAAUCUACUAUACAUUAUUUUAUCAACUGUUGAAUCUUAUAAACUUUUUGUUUAUUUAUAUUGCGUGCGAUGCCAGAUUUUGGGGGGUGACUCACUACCUCAUUUAGAUAUUAGUUUUUCCUCCACCUACCCUCAAGGUUAACAAAGGUACAUUUGCUCUCUGAUACAUUCUGAGUAAGCAAUGAUAUGCUUUCAUUCUUCUCAUCUACUGAGUUGUAAGUAAUGAAUGUAUCACUGGACUCUUUGCACAACUCAGAAUGCUCAGAUGAACUCUAGAAUACUGUUGUACAUUCCCCAUUUAAAAUGCAUUUACCAAGUUGUGCCUUGUUUAAAAAAUCUAAUCAUGUCAGAACUGCUUUGAGGUUGUCUCUAAAAUUGAAGAAAUGUUGAGCCUGUUUAGGCUUGUUUACAAUGUAAAUGUCCUCUGUUUUCUUUCAUUUGUUUCCUUAUCGCCUAAACGUUACCUUCUGGUCUUAUGAAAAUAAAAAUCAGGGUGACUUUUCCAA